CAAAGUCAUCCAAACGCGUACUUCUCUACAAACUAAGAGCACCUUGCAGCACCAGUACAUGAACAAUUUUUCGCAUAAUACUUUCCAACAGCCCCUUCCUUACGGGGCUGCAGGGCAGUGCUUGACCUUCUAGGAGGGCACAUGUUCGAACCGGAUAAGUCCACCUGGGGGACGCCCCCGGGGUUUUCGUAUGCCGACAACCUUCCUCACCGGUGACGAUCGGGGAAGGCAGCAGGUCGGUGAGCUUUUUGAUGUAUUGGUCGACUCUAUCAGAUAGAUUUUCUUUUCUGUUCUGUUCUUCUUCCUUUUCCCAUAUAGUACGAAAAGAAUGAGGGACUGUAUGCUGCAUGACAUCCCUGGACCGGUUUCAUUUUUGCCUGCUUUGUUACUGCCGCCAUAUAUCAGACUUCUGUUAUCGCUCGUCGUAAUAUCAAGGAACGAUACUCCCGCAACCAUCUGCCGCGCUAACGCGUUAUGCCGUUUUAUGAUCGUCGCGGUUCAUCAAGUCAUGCUUGUUGGUCCAAACCAGCUCGUCGCGGCAAAUCGGUGGUUUGACUGGUAUAUGUCGUUGGCUUCACUUCCCUUACUUUCUAUCCUUCAUGCGGUCUCCCUAGUUGUUCGCACGUUUUACUUAUCCGCCUGGGGCCUUGAUCAAGCUGUCAUCCGCUUACGCUUUCGCCUAUCUGUCCCGCACAUGUCUUCACGUGGCGAGGGCCGUGCGUCAUCAAGUGCCCCGCAAGCUGCAGCAUAAUCAGAACUCCUGCCUGGUCUGCUGCGGAGAUUCCUGUUGUCGUGUUUGGCCUCGAUAAUCGAUAUUGCUUGCAUUUGUGGGGUAAAAGCUUGAUUGGGGUGACCGUAGGGGGUGCACCCUUGGGAGUCUGGGACGUUGCUUGUUUAGCUUGUUCAGUACCGAGUACAGUAGCAUCCAACCGCCAAACUCUUCGGUUCCCA